GCGAGUCGUCGGUUGUAACAUCCAGUUUUAUUUAGUUUGAAUGUUCACCCUGUCAUGUGCAGUACCAUAAUUAAUAUAUAAUUUGAUUACCAGAUCUAUUCCCUCAUCCACCAAGAAAGGGGAAGGGUAAAAAAGGUCAGUGGUUGUGUGGCUAAUGGCACAUGCUGGUGAGGAAAUCAAUCACGGGAAAAAGCGCCCCGCAGAGAGUUACCCUGAGGGUGAUCAGCCUCUGGCAAAGAGAUUCGGUCGGUUGCAUAUCAAUACCAUAACCUCCGAACAUGACAUCAGUGACAGGAAGCUUCCUGCUUCCGUCCAUCCUGAUACCAUGUUAUUGGACGAUACUAAGGAUACCAUUUACAUACAUGAUCUGGACAGAGAACUAGAGGAUAUUGAAUCAAAGGAUAAUUGUCUUGAGAUCCUUCCCGGAGUUGCUGAGCGGAUGUCAACUAUUCCGAAGUCAUUGGUCGCAAAUACUACAAGCCCGUGCAACGAGUUGGUCCUCUACACCGAGCCUACAUCAUUAUCAAUUCCUAAGGAGGAGGAUAAUGUACGAAAAGCGCUGAUAGCUACACGGGAGCGCGCUAGGAGAAUUCAACAUAAUUCUCAUACGCAAGGUCGGGACUGUACCAAAAGCUCAACCGCAAGCGCGACUACGAGUGGCCGCGGUACCUCAGAAGGGCCUAUUGAUGUAUAUGGGGAGCCAAUGGAAAUUGAUGUUGAUUGCUGGGGCGGCAUUCCGUCUUGAAUCUCAAUGAAUCAUGAACAUGAGAAAUGAGUUUUUCAGUCAAGAAAAUUUGGAAGUCUAAAGAAUCAUAAGCCCGACAUACGAGUUAUCUUGAAAUGACUUUUUUUAAAAAUAA